AUGUUGUUUGCUUGUUCUGGUGAGCAAUUGAAGCUUGAAGAGGCAGCAGCAGCUAAGUCUUCAGAGUCAUUAACCACAAGGGCUUUCUCACUCAGUGAGUUUUCAUCAUCAUCAACAACUGUCACUGCUCAAGUAGAUGAAGCUGAGUCCACUCUCAAGGAGGCACUUUCUUUGAAUUAUGAGGAAGCGAGAGCAUUGCUCGGGAGGCUCGAGUACCAAAGAGGUAAUUUUGAUGCUGCCAUUCAAGUGUUUGAAGGGAUUGGAAUUAGACUCUUGUCACCAAGAAUGUCUAAGGCCAUUGCCGAGAGGACUCGUCCUCGAAAGUCGCGGUCUAGAGGCAGAGGCUCGAUGGCUGUUGAUGGUUUAAUGUCUCUGCAUUCUGUGAGCCUGCUUCUUGAAGCUAUCAUACUUAAAGCUAAAUCUCUAGCCGAGCUCGGUAGAUUUCAAGAGGCUGCAAAAGAAUGCAAGAUUAUCUUGGACACAGUAGAAUCGGCUAAGCCUAAUGGUAUACACGAUGAAAUAACUGAUGACAGAAAGUUGCUCGAGAUGUUUCACAGAGUGCUUGAGUUACUUCCCGAGCUGUACUUACAGGCUGGCUCCUUAGACGAAGCCAUUGCUGCAUAUAGAAGGGCUUUGCUAAAGCCUUGGAGCUUGGAUCCUGAACAGCUGGCAAAAAUGCAAAAGGACUUUGCUGUAACAUUACUCCACGGAGGUGUCGAAACAAGCAACAUGGAGGAAUCGAUUCUUCUCCUGUUCAUACUCAUGCAUAAAAUUCUUCACGGCAAAAUUAAGUGGGACCGUGAAGUUAUCGAUCAUUUAACUUUCGCGCUUGCAGUUAACGGACAAUACGUGACUUUGGCCGAUCAAGUGGAGCAAGUUCUUCCAGGUAUGUACACCCGAGUCGAGAGAUGGUAUUUUCUGGCUCUUUGCUUUAGUGCAGCCGGACAGAACCAAACGGCGCUCAACCUCUUGAAAAAAAUCUUAGAUUUUAAUAGAAAAAAUGGCAAGCCCCAUUUGGCAUCUUUGUUGUUGGGAGCAAAAUUGUGUGCUGAGGAUACGAACGAGUCCUCCUUGGGGAUAAAUUUUGCACGUGAAGUGAUUCACUCGUACACAGGCCAAAACGAGCAUAUUCUGAGCCGGGCUCAUAUGUUCCUCGGGAUUUGCUAUGGAAAUGCAGCUCGGGAGUCGGUUUCCGAUCACGGACGAGCCGCUUUACAUAAAGACGCGAUUAGCUCGUUGAACUACAGUCAUCAGAUCGGGAAAAGUGAGGAUUUAGAAAUCAAGUUGUGGCUUGGGCUAGAAAAUGCCGUGCAGAGGAAUUUUGGGCAGGCCUUUGAACUGGUGAUGGAGUUUUCGAAAAUGAGUGGUGGGAGCUUUGCUAAAAGUUGGAAGGUGUUGGCACUUAUAGCAUCGGGCGAACAGAGAUUAAGAGAUGCAGAGGCUUUAAUUAAUGUUGGCUUGGACGAGACAGAGAGUAUUGACCAGCUCGAGCUUCUGAGGUUGAAAGCCGUGCUUCAGAUUGCCAAAGAACAGCCGAAGCAAGCGAUCGAAACUUACCGGAUUUUGCUUGCUCUAAUUCAGGGUACAAACGAACUUCCAGAGAAAAAUGCAUCUGAGGUACAAGCAUUCGAAGCAUGGUUGGAUUUGGCGGAACUAUACUCGAAGCACGCGUUAUGGCUAGACUCGGAUAUCUGCAUACAAAAAGCUAAGGCAGCUAAAUUUUACUCCCCACGAGCAUGGCACUCAACAGGAAGACUAUUUAGAGCCCAAGAGCAGCAUAAAGAAGCCAUGAUUGCAUUCUCGGUCUCGUUAUCAAUCGAUUCAGAUUACGUCCCGAGUAUAGUGUCGACAGCCGAGUUACUAAUCCAGACGGGCAAUAAUCAAUCUCUUCACAUUGCAAAAAGCUUGUUGAUGCACGCGGUUCGUUUGGAGCCCACGAGCCACGAUGCUUGGUUCAACCUUGGGCUGGUUUAUAAGAUGGAAGGGUCUGUGCAAAGAGCAGCAGACUCGUUUCAAGCUGCGCACGAGCUGAAGCUCUCAGCCCCACUUCAAAGCUUUCAGUGA